ACCUCUCACGCAUCAGCGUUCACUGUGAAUUGGUCUGAACCACACGCGUAUUUUCUCCUUGCUCAACUACAUUUUCUUCUCUUAAAUUGUUCGAUUUGCUUGUCAUGUAACUGAAAUUUCCAGAGGCGUUUUAUACAGGUGAAAGCUUUUGUCCGGAAAAAAAACAUUCAAGAUGGGUUGCGCUGGAUUCACCUGCUCCAAGAAUUCCCUGUGCGCGCUCAACAUCCUCUAUGUUAUGGUGAGCUUGCUGAUGAUUGGCAUCGCUGCCUGGGGGAAGUGUUUUGGGCUGGUGUCGAGCUUCCAGGUGGUGGGUGGCAUCAUUGGAGUGGGGGUCUUCCUCUUCUUUGUUGCCCUUGCUGGACUUAUUGGUGCCAUGAAGCACCACCAGGUUCUGCUGUUCUUUUACAUGAUUAUCCUGUUCCUGGUGUUUGUAGUUCAGUUUUCAGUGUCUAGUGCGUGUCUGGCUAUCAAUGAGGACCAGCAGAAUCACCUUCUGGAGGUGGGCUGGAAUAACUCUCUGACCACUCAGAGGGACGUGGAGAAGAGUCUGAACUGCUGCGGUUUCUCUCACAUGGACAUCAAUGGAAGCUGUGCCGCACCCUGCUUCCAUUACAGCACUUGCACCACAUGUGCAGCAAAGAUCCAGGAGCACGCCGGCGAGGUGCUGCGCUUCGUCGGAGGGAUCGGUCUCUUCUUCAGCUUCACUGAGAUUCUGGGUGUUUGGCUGACUUAUAGGUACAGAAACCAAAAGGACCCACGGGCGAAUCCAAGCGCCUUCCUGUAGAUUCGAAUCGUAUUAUGUCGUCUGACCACUGGAAUUCUCAAUCGAGCUGUUAAAGAGAGUGUGUGUGUUUGCUUUUACUGAAGAGGAGACCAGCCUGCGUGUUCUUGCUGCUAUAUAUUAUUAUGUGCUUGAUUUUUCAAGAGUACAGUGUGAAUGUACUGUACAUCAUGAGACUGUACUUAUAAGAAUUCCUCUCUAUGAAAGAAUAGAACACCAAAUACUAGUAUGCAGUACUUACACUAAUGGGCUAAACAACAAAGACCAUUUGAUUUUAUGUUAUCAGUUUUAUCUUAUGUGGUAAAACACUUUAACAGAAAAUGAGCUGCUGUGAUCAAGACGUGCAGUGUGAGCAUGACACUAUUUAUGUUGUUUAUAUAUAAAUAUUGAAUUUGACAAUAUCAGAAUGUAUCCAUUUCAAUUCCACAUUGAUUUCUGAUAAUAAAUGCACACAUUUACAAUUAGCAUGGAUGACAGUAAAAGUUGCUCGGAAACUGUUAGUAUGCUAGAUACAUUAUUUGGACUUCAUAAUUAGUAUGAAAAAUUUAAAGAACUCAAUUACAUAUAAAGAUUAAUGGAUGAAUGUUUUUUUUGAGCACUGUUUAAUGAUCUCGGAUUUCUUAUUACAUAUUUAUCUGCCUAUUUUCGUUAUAUGUGUGUGUGUUAGUUUCACUGACUUGAUUGUGUGUAUUGUUUUUGCUUCUUGCAUGAAUUCCUCAUUGAAAUGUACAUCUAUAUCCAACAAUGGUUCUGUGAACUGCUCUCUCAAGCAUUUGAAAUAAAAAAAAAUAAAGACUCUGUGGACACAAUUGCACUUUGGCCAAUUUUGU